CACAUUUUUAACACGCUGUAAUAGCGGCAGUUAAAAUGUUAAGUUCUGCUGAUGCUACCCGCCCUCUCCGCCUCCGAUAGGCGCCGCGCCGGCUUGGGCAAAGCAGCGAACCCGAUCACUGGCCGACGGAUUGGUGAGACACCCAAAGAGCAGCACAGGAUCUCUGGAGUGUAUGAGGCUCGCUGUUAAGUUCGGGCUCCCUUCGCCGCGCAGAGUCAGCCAGCCUACGUGAAGUAACCAUGAGUACAUCAGAGUCCUUGGAUCGAAUGGAGCUCUGUGAAAGUCUCUUGACAUGGAUCCAAACAUUUGGAGUGGAAUCACCGUGCAAGACGGUAGACGAUUUGAUCAGUGGUGUCGUAAUGGCCCAAGUCCUGCAGAAAAUAGAUGUAUCAUAUUUCAAUGAUGCUUGGAUUAGCAGAAUCAAGCCAGAGGUCGGGGACAACUGGAGGUUAAAGAUCAGCAAUCUAAAGAAAAUCUUGAAAGGCGUACUGGACUAUUACCAGGAGGUCUUAGGUCAACACAUCAAUGAUUUCACCCUACCAGAUGUAAACUUGAUAGGAGAACACUCUGAUGCUGCAGAACUUGGGAGAAUGUUACAACUCAUCCUGGGCUGUGCUGUUAACUGCGAACAGAAACAAGAAUACAUCCAGACCAUAAUGGUGAUGGAGGAAUCAGUACAGCAUGUUGUCAUGACGGCCAUCCAAGAGCUGAUGAGUAAAGAAACUGCAGUCAACCCAGGAGGAAAUGACUCGUAUGUAGAUCUAGACAGAGAGCUGAAGAAGACAAUAGAGGACCUGAAUGAUGCUUUGGCAACCAAGGAGGAGAUUGCUCAGAGGUGUCGUGAGCUUGACUUGCAGGCCCUCCAUGCCCAAGAGGAGCGUGAUAGACUGAGGUUAGACUUUAAUGAGCUAGAAGAGAGGGUAGCGGCUUUGCAAGAGGAGAAGAGCUGUCUGUUGGCAGAAAACCAGGUCCUGAUGGAGAGACUUAACCAGUCUGACUCCAUUGAAGACAUAAACAGCCCUGCUGGACGAAGGCAUCUCCAGCUGCAGACACAGCUGGAACAGCUACAAGAAGAAACUUUCAGGCUGGAGGCGGCAAAAGACGACUACCGGAUCCGUUGUGAGGAGCUUGAGAAAGAGCUCCUAGAUGUGAAGUCCCAGAAUGAAGAACUCACAGCUUUGGCGGAUGAAGCCCAGUCUCUCAAGGAUGAGAUGGAUGUCCUUAGACACUCAUCUGACAAAGUAUCCAAACUGGAGGGCACAGUGGAACACUACAAGAAAAAGCUGGAGGACAUGGGGCUACUCAGGAGACAAAUCAAGCUUCUGGAAGAGAAGAACACAGUGUUAAUGCAGACUAAUGUCAGUUUGGAGGAAGAGCUUCGAAAGGCCAAUGCUACCAAGGGCCAGCUGGAGACCUACAAGCGACAGGUUGUUGAACUUCAGAACAGGCUUUCAGAGGAGUCUAAAAAGGCUGACAAGAUGGAGUUUGAGUACAAACGCCUUAAAGAGAAAGUGGACUCUUUACAAAAAGAAAAAGAUCGCAUGAGAACAGAGAGAGAUUCGCUGAAGGAAACUAUUGAAGAACUACACUGUGUCCAGGCUCAAGAGGGACAGCUAACGUCAAGUUUGUUCCCACUAGGGGGCAAUGAAGGCUCAGAUUCCCUGGCUGCUGAGAUCACCACCCCAGAAAUUCGAGAACAUCUGAUUCGUCUUCAGCAUGAAAACAAAAUGCUGAAGCUGGCACAGGAGGGAUCGGACAACGAGAAGAUUGCCCUGCUGCAGAGUUUCCUGGAAGAUUCCAACAGAAGAAAAAGUGAAUUGGAGACAGAGAACAGAUUAAUCAAUCAGCGGCUGAUGGAGGAGCAGAGUCAAGUGGAAGAGCUUCAAAAGACUGUGGAGGAACAGGGUUCAAAAGCAGAUGAUUCAUCAGUUCUGAAGAAGAAAUAUGAUGAACACAUGGAGAAGCUACAAGAACUGAACAAUGAGUUACUGAAGAAAAAUGCUAUCAUCGAUGAAAUGGAGCCAAAAUACAAUACCAGCUCCCAACGAGUGGAUGAGCUUGAAGAAGCGCUGAAGAAAAAAGAUGAAGAGAUGAAACAGAUGGAGGAGAGAUACAAGAAAUAUCUUGAAAAAGCAAAAAGUGUUAUUCGGACGCUGGACCCGAAGCAGAACCAGGGUUCCGGUCCAGAGGUUCAGGCCCUGAAAAACCAGCUGCAGGAGAAGGAGAGAAUGUUGCACUCACUGGAGAAAGAAAUGGACAAGACAAAAUGCCAGCGAGAUCAUGAGGAGAAACUGAUUGUUUCAGCCUGGUACAGCAUGGGCAUGACUUUCCAGAAGAAGGCGGCUGAAGACCGACUAGCCAACACCGGCUCUGGCCAGUCCUUCCUGGCACGACAGAGACAAGCCACCAGCACACGCCGCUCCUACCCAGGCCACGUCCAGCCAGCUACCACAAGAUCCUCGAGCAAUAUCACUGCAUGACUGGUAUGCCAGUGAGCUGGUCCUAGCCUUGUGUGGCCUGGGCCUGUUCCCCUGUGGCCUGCUGUGACCCUGGUCCAGGCUAGGCUGAAGCACAUGAUGCAUGAACCUGCCUGCAUACUGUUUGCAUGACCUCUUGUGUUAUUUCAAGCCAGCAGAAUAACCGGCCCCUCUAUCGGUUGCAGCAGCAUGAGCACUAACAACCCCUCCGCAUUGCUAUGCCUCGUAACCUCCAUGCAAGUCUGAUGUGGGAUUUGGGAUCAGAAAAGAAAAGAAAACCCUCCUUUCAAUUAAUUCCCUUAUAAGCCUUUCAUGCAGAUGUUUUGGCAUUACUGUCUUCAUCUUCUCUCCUUCAUAACUUCUCCUAACCCUGCUGUCAUACCUAAUGGACACGCCCACUCGUGUUUUUACAUGGAAUAAGUCUGUUACGAUGCGGUGUGUGUGUGUUACAAACAUCCCAGAAGGAAUCUGAGUACAACAGUAUUUCCUGUUAAUUAAGCUGUUUAUCUACCAUGCCCUCCCUGUAGUAUUUCUGAAGAUCUUGUUAUUGGCUGGCUGUGUCAGGAUACCUCAAUGAAAUAUUCAUACAGAUCUGUUACAGUUUACAUGACCGGGAUGAAUAUUGUAAUGUUUAAGGGGUAUAGCCUGCAAAUCGGUCUGAUUUAGGAAUGAGUUAACUCCCCUUUAAACCGUUACAUGAAAUGUCCGACCUCUUAUUUGUUGGAUUGGAUCUUAAACCUUCUUUUUAUUUUAAUUUAAUCCAAGUGUUGAUUGCAGCAAGUUUUGGACAAAACAAAAGCUUAUGGGGCUUUAUGCUGUUGCCUUGUUUUUAAGAGGUGAGGAUGGUAAACUCUGUGUAUUAUAUAAGGUCUUGUUACUUAGUGCUUUUACUUGAGUUAAAAGCCCUCAUUAAGCCUACUUAUGCCUUUUUCCAGUUCUCCCCCUAUGUUAGAAAAACUUUAAGCUUUAAGAUCACAUUUUGUUUUAUGAUUAGACAUUUAAAAUUACAAUACUAGAUUAAAGGUGUGCAUUUGCUUUAGUAAGCCAAUGGGCAUCUCAUUCACUUUAGGCUGGCCAGUCUAAUUAAUGAAAUAAUGUGGAAAAGGGAGAAAUAGGUUGGAUUAAUGACGACUUCCCUUAAGGAAACCUUAAAACCAAUAAUAGUAGAAGCAUCAGUUUUUCAGUAUUAUCACAGAGCUAAAAGAGUUGCAGUAUUGAAAUAUAUUGGCAUUAUUUGAUGGAAUAAUAUGUAGUCUAUUCACUUUUUUCACUUGUUUUAGUAAAUGUUUUAUUUUAUUUUUAUUUUCUAGAGUUCAAUGAAAAUCUAUUCAGAAACUGAAAAGUUUAUUUUAUUCCAAGUAUGAAAUCCUAAAACUGAAAGAUGGUUGAAUCCUCCAAUUGAGUGCAUUUUGUUUAUGAUACUAUUAAAAAGUUCUUAGGUUUGAAUUCAAUAAGUCAUGAGAUUUAUUAAAUAUUUAAGGCACCAAAACUCAAUUUGGCUAAAGCUUUAUAUGGACAAUAACUUAACUCUAAGGUUUGCUUAAUGAGAGCUUUUCUCCUCAACUUUUUCUGUUUUACUCAUUUCUUCUGUUGUGUAAUCUUAGCUUAAUCCGUACCCUGCAUUUUAUUCUAAUGGCUAAUUUAUUUAUUCUUUUUUGCUUGUACAGCAGUGUUAAAAAGUUUUUUUGUAUUAUUAUAUAACCAUUUAUACUGUUACAAUGGAUGUAAUUAAGAUCAAAAUACUGUUAGGUAUCUUAUGCAACAAAAGGAGAAAGUUUUUAGUAUGAAAGCAUUUGUCUCCAAGCAUAAACUGGAGGAGUGAAAGUUGCGGUUCUUGUACCAACAGUGUUCACAGGGGAAAAAAGUUCCUUUUUUAAAACACUGUGCAAAUAAAUUUGCAUUUGUAUUUGAGUAUGAUGCUUUUUUCUUGUACAAAACAAUCACAUUUUAAUACAUGCAUCAGCAUGAUUUGCAGCAGACGUAUAAAUUACCUUAUAAGCUUAUUGAAGAUGCAAGUGGGAUUACUUUGAUGGUAGCAGGGCAAAAUGGUCAUGAAAUAAAACUAUUUUUCAAAACCAAAUGUUGAAAUACCAUUUAAGGACAUCAAUGGUUCAAGUUUUCAGAUUUACUUGUUUCCUAUAUAAAUCAUAUUUUUAUAAAUGUUGGGACAUUGACCAUUUUUCUGUUUGUACUGCAAGUAAUGAUACACAGACCUCUUCUAACCGUCCAUCCUCAGUAGUUUGUAUAUAACCGAACCCAUCCACAUUGUGGUUGACCUGAAAUUUAUUUCAGGGAUUUGGGCAAACCUGUAUUAUUGUGAAUACCUGCCUAGAGAGAAAAAAAAAACACACUGUCUUGUUUCCUAUUUUCAUCCCCAUCAAACCACCCACUGUAAUUUUGUCUUUGCAUAGCUCUAAUACCUUAUUAUAUGUGGAGUCAAUUUGUUGUCCCUUUCAAUGCAAAUUUCUUGGCAAUAAAGAAAGAAGAAAACAUGGCGUGCUGCUGAAGCUAACUUUAAAUCUCGCUUCAGUGUUUAAGAACAAAUAUUGUACAUAAACAUGCAGGACCCCACUGAAAACUGUCAUGUCUGUGUAUAUUUUUUUACAUGCCUAGAUUAAAAUAAAUGCCUAGUAUUCACUAGAGUUUUUAACUUGGCUAGUAAUAUCACUGAGACUGUCAGAAUGUUUUAGAAAGUUGAAAAGAGCAACAAGGGGCCUUGUCUGGUUAUUGUUCCAUGAAUUCCAAAGCAGCAAAUAAUGUCCUAUUUGCCAGUGUUUUAUAUUGCUUGUAUAGAAAGACAAAUUGUACAUAACAUUUGUAGUAGUGUCAUAGGGAUGUUUGAAUAUUUGCAAUUAAGGAAAUAAAAAAAAAUCAUGCCUAGUUAGGUGGAUUUCAUCUCAUUUGUCCAACAAAGACCCGCUGAUGAAAAUGUGCUUCCGACACGUGAAACCUAGAAACAACGUUGUAAAUAAAGCUUGUAUACAAGA